AUGUAUUCGGAGCCGCCGGUCCAGCGACGUCCCGUGCCUGCGGUCGCCUCGGUCCCUCCCGCGGCGCAGCUGUCGCCAAAGGUGGCUACCCAGCAGUUGAUAUGGGAGGACGCGCGCGCAGAAUUCUUUUUGCCUGAUCGCCGCGCGAUACACACAUACAUGGCUGCCGCGCGCCUCUCCCGCUGGGUGGCCCCCGGCCGGCUGGGCGGCACGCGACGGCUGUCCACCGCGCCGGUGAUGAGCAUCGCCGGGCAGAGCCGGGAUGGCAAGGCCAUCUACCUCGACUCGCAGGCGACAACCCCGAUGGACCCGCGCGUGCUGGAUGCGAUGCUUCCCUUCCUGUCCGGCCAGUUUGGAAACCCGCACUCGAAGACCCACGAGUACGGCUGGGAGGCGGAGAGUGCGUCCGAGGCGGCGCGCGAGCAGGUGGCGAGCCUCGUCGGCGCGGACAGCAAGGAGAUUGUCUUCACAUCGGGCGCGACCGAGUCGAACAACAUGGCGAUCAAGGGCAUCGCCCACUUCUACGGAGAGAAGAAGCGGCACAUCAUCACGACGCAGACGGAGCACAAGUGCGUCCUCGACUCGUGCCGCGUGCUGCAGCAGGAGGGCUUCGAGGUAGACUACCUCCCCGUCAAGCAAGACGGGCUGGCGCUCGUCUCCGUCAUGUACGUCAACAACGAGAUCGGCGUCAUCCAGCCCGUCCGCGAGAUCGGCCAGCUCUGCCGCGAGAACAAAGUCUUCUUCCACUCCGACCCUGCACA